AUGUUUGCUCCCCUCGCAGCAGGAGGGCCAGAAAGCUUGGCUCACCUACCAACACCUACCCCUGCUGUGAGCUCUGGCAAGUCCUUGGAGGAUCUGCGUUUGACCUUCACGCCCAGCUUGAAGGCCUAUUCAUCGACCUUGGGUCUUGGAGGUGAUAGAAGCUCCAAUCCCUUGACCUAUGGCUAUAGCAGCUCUGACAGCUUUGGUUAUGACCGUGACUAUGACUACAGUUAUGGUUACGACGGCCUAAGCUACGAUAGCUACGACACUUUUGGCAGCUAUAGGAAGGCGGAGCACCGACGCCGCUUGAGUGAUGGUUUCCGACGCAACACUCGCUUCCACGAGGACUCAGGCCUUGGUGAUUGGUACACUUCCAGCCUGGAGACUCGCCUAAGCGAUUUGGAUGAUCGGUGGAGUCAAUGGACCGCCUGGGAUGGUUGGUCACCCAGAUCGUCCCGGUCCCGGAGCGAGCUGCUCCGCCUGGCGGCCAAUCGAAGCAAGGCCUUCGAGGAGGCACUCUCUUCAAUCCCAUCUUCACCUCCUUUUGUGGGAGGCAGUGAGCCUUCCCAGAAGCCGUUCAGGAUCCCGAGAAUCCUUCACCAGACCUGGAAGACUGACCAGGUGCCGGCGAAGUUUGCUCAUCACUUGCAGUCCUGGCGAAGAUUGCAUCCAGAUUGGCACUUCGAAUUCUGGGACGAUCACUCAAGUCGAGAACUGAUGGCAGAGAAGUACCCAAAACACCUGCGGCAAUACGACCGAAUGUCAGGUAUCAAGCGCGCAGAUAUUGCACGCCUGGUAGCUCUCUCCGUGUACGGGGGCGUCUAUGCCGACAUCGAUGUGGAAGCGACCCGAUCCCUGGAGCCGUUGCUGGUGGCCGCUGAAGCCAGCGAUGCAGCAGUGCUACUAGGAGAGGAGAACUUCGUCCAUUCCGUGUUGCUGGAGCACAAGAGCGAACCUUUGGUGAGCAAUGCCGUGAUGAUCGGUGCCGCUGGACAUGCUUUUUGGGAGGAGGUGUUGCAGGAGAUUUUCAGCAAGUCUUGGUGCGGGGAAGAUCCGGUGCAAUGCACCGGGCCACGCAUUGUGGAUCAAGUGAGCUGGGAACAUCUCAGGCGGAACAGCGGUUGUCGGAAGAAAGGCUGUGUUCUUCGACUUCCAUUUGACUACUUCUCGCCCAACAUCGCGUUGUGGAACGCCGCCAAUAUGGUUAAAGAGUGCCGACCGAGAGAAAGACCAAGUCGAGGCAGUCUGAACUGGCUGGAUCCUCAUUUGCACAAGGGCUCACUGAAGGAGAGCAGGCCGAGCAUGGUCUGUGACGCCUGCAGGAGCUUAUCCCGAGCUUUGGAGUGGCCAACAGCACUGCACAGCAACCGCACAUAUGCGGUCCAUCACUGGCAGUGUAGCUGGUGUAGGGAGGAUGAUGCUUUGAGGAAGAGCAUCUCUCUUGCGGAGAUCGUUUCAAUCGUCAUGAACGAGUCUCAAGCAGAGGCUCUGUUGCUUGCUGAAAACGCGGCGAGCAAAAUACGCGCGUAUUGGGUUUGUCUCAAUGUCGGCCAGCACACUAUGACACGCAGAUCAAAACGUGAAUAUGAAAUGUGUUUGUUUGAAACAUCAAGUAAUGUGAGCAUAAGAUCCUCAUGA